AUGAAAAUAGCAUCAUCAUCCUCUGUUCCACCUUCUCUUCAAAACAGAAACAUCUGUAAUAGUAAAAACACGAAGAAGAUCUACGCAGAUGAUUGCAUUUCCGGAUGGUUUCUCGUUGGUUCAGAGGAAGACAACAACUUAAAACUUGUGCCUGUUUCUUCAGAAUGGAGAAAAGCUGGGGAAGAGAAAAAGCCUUUGUUAAUCUUAGCGAAGAGCGAUUUGAGAAACCUUGAAACUCCAUGGUUGUGGGUAACUGAGAAGGUGAAGGAUGAUCUUAUUUUGGGAUUUGGUAAGGCAAAGAAGACAUUGCUACGUUAUUGA